AUGUCUGGUGUUGUGGGGAACCUGGGACUGAUCAUCCUGACCAGUGUUGAUUCUCAUCUCAAAACUCCCAUGUACUUUUUCCUGAAGCAUUUGGCAUUUGUUGACCUUGGUUACUCCACAGCUAUAGGGCCAAAAAUGCUAGUUGGAUUCAUGGAAGAGAAAAAUAUCAUUUCCAAUAAUGGAUGUGUAGUACAGCUGAUUUUCUUUGGGAUAUUCAUUGCCAGUGAGCUUUUUAUCCUGUCAGCCAUGGCCUAUGACCGCUAUGUUGCUAUCUGUAAACCCCUCCAUUAUACACUCAUCAUGUCAGGCAGGGUAUGUUGGCUUUUGAUGACUAUCUCAUACCUCUAUAGUAUAAUGGUAAAUCUUCUGAUUACAAUAAAGCUUUUUAAAUCAUCUUUCUGUAAAUCAAAUCUAAUAAGACACUUCUACUGUGAUGUUAUUCCCCUAUUGUCUAUUAUAUGCUCAGACACAAGUGAGAUUGAACAAAUCAUUAUGAUCUUUGCCUCACUUAAUUUGGUUUCUUCCCUCUUGAUUAUUCUUUUCUCUUAUAUGUUCAUUCUUGUGACCAUCCUCAGGAUUAAGUCUUCUGAGGGCAGGCACAAAGCCUUCUCCACCUGUGGCUCUCAUCUCACUGGGGUGGUUAUAUUCUAUGGGACACUUCUCUUCAUGUACCUGCAGCCCAAAUCUAACCAUUCCUUUGACACAGACAAAAUGGCUUCUGUGUUUUACACUCUAAUCAUUCCCCUGAUCAACCCUUUGAUCUACAGCUUGAGGAACAAAGAGGUGAAAGUUGCCUUGAAAAGACUCUUUAAAAAAUGA